AUGCAGAUGUCGUCCACAACAAAAACCACUUCUGCCUCCGCUUUCGUUGACCCUCAAGAUCCCCAAGAGUUCCUUGGUGACCUGGAGCUGAACGAAAACGAUCCCCAAUUGUACUCGGCCCUCCUCGAUAACAACCAUCUAUCGCCCUUCCACCCCUCUCACAAUACCAGCAACUCAGCAAGCCCUUCCAACAACGUAAAUAGCACGCCUGGCGAAAGCUAUUCCGAAUAUAGUCCCUACCAACCGAGCGAUUUCAGCGAAUUCGACCAGUUCCUUGGUGUGGACUUCGACGCCGGUGUCCAGAGAACAGACUCCCUCCCCUCGAACCUCGCGGGCAAAGUCUCAUAUCAGUCACAGAACUCGGACCCACAUCUGCCAGACGUUUUAGCCCAACUUGAGCGCAAAGCGCCCUCUGAUACGCUCACGGCUUCGACAUAUCCCCUAAGUCCGAUACAUACAAGCUUGGCCAACACACCUUCUCCGGGGGCUGCGGUCAAUGACAUAAACGCGGAAGCGACCAUCUCCCAGCACGAGCUGAACAACGACCUAUACAAAAAACCGUCACAAGAGCCGGAUACUGUAGCGCCAACGGGCCAGUCUGCUUUACAAUUGACUCCAGAUCAAAGCGGGAGCAGUCAUACCAGCGCGGAGGGUUUCAAGCCGGGUACUAUGGCCGACCUUGAUCGGAGUCCACAUGUUACCGUGUCGCAAUGGGAACACGGUUACGGACAGAACCAGGGCGGUCCGUUUGUACAGCCCACCGCGGGCUAUACCAACAUGGAAGAUAUUGUGCCUCAAGCAUUAGGUCAAACUAAUUCACCCACCUCGCCAUUCCCUGUUUUCCGUGAGGACGAUGGAUCGUGGAGAUCUAAUGACAGGACUGGUCAAGCUGGAUUAGACCCAGAAAGCCGAGGACUGGUUUCAAACGAGGAAAUGCCGACGUUGGGUGAACAAGAAGAACAGCGGCGCAUCCUUCACAAGAAUAUCGAGGUGCAGGAAUGGAGAUCGCAGGCAGGCGGUAGCAGCGAGGGCGAAGAUGAGCAACCAACCCAAUCAUACUUCCCUCUCAAUAAUCCGAAUUGGUAUCAGCAAUCGGAACCUCGUGCCCAUCAAGAUCCGGCUGAGGAGGACAAUGACAUAGCUCCUGUGGAUGAUGCUGCCAGCAUACGUGAGAAUAAGUUAGUCGAGGGCCAGGUCUACUAUCAUCCUAACAACAUCGAUCUCACCCAGGCCGACAUUGAAUUAAUGGGCCAGCCUCGGCAAUGGUAUGACCCUCCAUCAGUGCCUCAUAUAACGACGACCAUGUUCCAGCCUCAAACGGCCAAUGAUGCUAUCAGGGAAUUCAGAUUCCAUGCGGACACCAUUUCUAUAGCCUCAAGGGCGGCAACGUGGGGAACUCGCCGGCGUAGUGAGCCUAGUCUCGCUGAUUUCGACGCUGUUUCAGAUGGUAGCUUUCUGAAAAAGCUGGCCAUUAACAAACCAAGGGAGGGCAAUCGGACGCGCCACAACAGCAUUUUUGACCAGGGACUUGACCGUUUAGCCAGUAUCGUUCGUAAAAGGAGCGACAGUAGACUCAAGCGAGCUCAUAGUGCCCAAAAUAUACCCGACGAAGCGCAGAGCCCAGUAGACACGAGUUAUAAUAACCAAGGAAACCUUGCUCCUCCGCCACGGACUUCAAGUUUUGGCCGGCGACAGACGCCGACCGCCAACACCGCCUCCGCGUUUGCGGCAAUGGCAGGCCCGCUCGCAGCUGUAGGGGGUACAGCGCAUGCACGCAACAGCUCUUUCAGUGCAACCCCAACGUCACCCAAAAGUCCGAGUCACCUUGGCUGGCCGAGAUCGGUGAUCAAGCGCAAUAGAAGCAAGAGUGAAUUAACUUUACCGCCGGAAAACCCCCCACAGACGAGCCUUGUGAGUUUGUGGAGAGGGCAUGGAGGCCCUCCCCUUCCAACCCUGGCUUCGCCUCCUGUCGAUGCGGAGGUUAGACAGCCAGAAAUGAGACAAGCGGAGGUCCAUGACCAAGAUGACGAUGAGGAUGAUGAGGAUGAACAAGGAGACGACAGCGACCCAAAGGUAGAAUCUGGAGAACCUAUCAUCCCAAACUAUGAAGGAUUCAAGGUCCACGUUCGACGGCUGAACCCUGAUAUGGACUCUCGAUACAAUUGGCUUGUGAGUAGGAUCGCACAUCAACAGGAGAUUAGGUACAAGAAUUUGCUUGACCUGAGAGUUAAGCAUUUUCAAGCUGUCGGAAACCGCAACUGCUCAGCCGGCCGUCACUGUCUCGCUUUGGGAGGGAGUACCACUUUGUUGGAUGCUAAAGGAAACCCUCGGGAGCCAGACCAAUCCGGGCUUGGCUUGCAGCUUGUAACUGAUUUCUCUGACGAUGACUCAAAUCCCGGAGAAGGUGCUCUUACAGAUGACACUUUUCCUCAGGGUGUCCCAGUGCCUCCAACACGCACUCUGCCGGCCGAGUUUGAAUGCCAGCUCUGCUUCAAAUCUAAGAAGUUCCAGAAGCCAUCUGAUUGGACAAAGCACGUGCAUGAAGAUGUCCAACCUUUCACCUGUACCUACGAUAAAUGCAAGGAGCCCAAAUCCUUCAAGAGGAAAGCCGAUUGGGUCAGACAUGAAAAUGAACGACAUCGGCAUUUGGAAUGGUGGAUAUGUCAAGUGGAAGACUGCAAACACCCUUGCUAUCGCAAGGACAACUUCCUGCAACAUCUUGUCCGGGAGCACAAACUUCCAGAGCCGAAGCAGAAGACCAAGGCUGCGAUCAAGAAGGCGCGGCUGACCGAGCCAGCCUGGAGGAUGCUGGAGCAGUGCCACCACGAGACUCAAAACCGGCCACAGGACGAGCCGUGCAAAUUCUGUGGGAAGUCCUUUGCAACGUGGAAGAAGUUAACAGUGCAUCUAGCGAAGCACAUGGAGCACAUUAGCUUGCCUGUAUUAAAACUGGUGGAAGCGAGAGUUGUGGAUGCAACCACCAUCAUCAGCCCUGUCGAGCAAAUUGUGACACCAAUCACGCCAAUCACAAGAGCUAAAAUGGAGUCCUCGAGCCCGUUCAAUAUGGAUAGUGUUUCACCUCAUAUGCCUAUGAAUCCGCAUUUGGCUUCAUCAGGAUUUGUCCAGCCUGUUGCAUUCUCGACCGCUGGGCCAACUGGAAACUAUGGUUUACAACCAGCAGCAACUUCGGAAGCCAUGUACAACCAAAACAACAUGUACUCAAAUCCCAAUGCAUUUAAUAUGCACCACAUGAACCAACCACGCGUGUUUGGAUCGUUGGAUGCCAGCCACCUUGAUCAUGUCAACCAGGGCCAAGCGUUUAGCUCCGCUGAUACCGGAUUUAUGCAAUCUAAAAUGGACCAAGCUCCUGUAUAUGGAUCUCUGGACACAGACUUCCCUCACCAGGUCCCAGCCCAGAAUUACAAUCCCAACCAUGCUUCUGGAUUUUCAAUGAAUCAGGAUUUCACGUCUGCUCCACCUACUGUAUCACAAUAUCCAACCACGAAUGUCCUAGGUAUCAAUAACGUUGAAUUCGCCUUCGAUCCGAUGCCAGACCAACGCCAAAGCUACCCACAAGUUCCAAUGAGUCGCACUCCUGCAAGCAACUCUUCUUACGGCCACCCAACCCCCAAUAUACCCUUUUACAGUCCACAAUGA